UUACUCCAUUUCAAAGUAAAUUUUAAAGGCGUAACCAGAGUUAGUAGCUCUUUACAUUCAAUAAAAAAAUUUAUUAUUUAUUAAUAAAAUAAAAUAUACGAAUACAAAAUGGCUUUAAGCGAUGCUGAUGUUCAAAAACAGAUUAAGCAUAUGAUGGCUUUCAUUGAGCAAGAAGCCAAUGAAAAAGCUGAAGAAAUCGAUGCUAAAGCAGAAGAAGAAUUUAAUAUUGAAAAAGGACGAUUAGUACAACAACAACGUCUUAAGAUUAUGGAAUAUUAUGAAAAAAAGGAAAAACAAGUUGAAUUACAAAAGAAAAUUCAAUCAUCAAACAUGUUAAAUCAAGCACGUUUGAAAGUGUUGAAAGUAAGAGAAGAUCAUGUACGUAGUGUUCUUGAUGAAGCGAGAGCCCGUCUUGCAACUAUUUCGAAGAAUCAAGCCCAAUACAGAGAAUUAUUAACUUUAUUAACAUUGCAAGGUCUUUAUCAGAUUUUCGAGACAAAUGUUACGAUUCGUAUUCGUGAAGAAGAUAAGGCGAUUGUCGAAUCUGUCAUCGAUAAUAUUCAAGAUAAAUAUUCAGUAUUGGUCAACAAAGAUGUUGUUUUAAAAAUUGAUACAGAAAAUUACUUACCACAAGAAAGUUGUGGUGGUGUGGAAAUUUAUGCGAUGAGAGGACGCGUUAAAAUUGCAAAUACUUUGGAAUCUAGAUUGGAGCUAGUUGCUGCACAACUCAUUCCUGAAAUACGUAAUGCACUUUUCGGUCGCAAUCCAAACAGAAAAUUCACCGAUUAAUUAAUUAUCGUUCAGUAUUGUGUGUUUAAAAGAAAAUCAAUUUUAUGUAUAUAUUAAAUAAAAAAGAAAGAAAUUACAUGAAAUUAGCAUAAUUAGCAAUAUUAUAAAAUGUAUUUGUUAAAGGUUCUGGGCUUACAAUUAGAUUUAUUGAUUAAUGAUCAGUUAAAGAUAUUCAUGUUUAAUGUAAAAUGUUCUUUUAA